UCCAUUCCAUCAAUUGCAGAAAAACAAAAAAAUCACGAACUAGAGGGGGUGAAAGGUUAAAGUUUAAAAAAUCAUGGCGGCGGCCAAGCGUGUACUCUAUGUUGGUGGGCUUGCGGAGGAAGUGGAUGAGAAAGUUUUACACGCGGCAUUCAUUCCAUUCGGUGAUAUUACAGACAUUCAAAUUCCAUUGGAUUAUGAAACAGAAAAACACAGAGGAUUCGCCUUCAUUGAAUUCGAGCUUGCAGAGGAUGCUGCUGCCGCAAUUGAUAACAUGAAUGAAUCCGAGCUGUUUGGCAGGACCAUCAGAGUAAACAUCGCCAAACCCAUGAGGAUUAAAGAGGGUUCCUCUCGUCCAGUUUGGUCCGAUGACGACUGGUUGAAGAAAUUUUCAGGCAAAACUACAGAAGAGGGUGAAGAGGCAGUAUCAGCAAGUGGAGAACCAGCCAAUACAACAACACAGGAAGGUGAACCUCCAGCCAAAAAGGGAAGGAGCAACCCUCAGGUCUACAUGGACGUCAAGAUAGGAAACAAACCAGCCGGAAGAAUGCGCUUCAUGUUGCGAUCAGAUAUUGUUCCCAUGACAGCAGAAAACUUCCGCUGCCUCUGCACCCAUGAAAAGGGCUUUGGUUUCAAAGGUAGCAGUUUUCACCGAGUCAUACCACAGUUCAUGUGCCAGGGGGGAGAUUUCACUAACCACAAUGGCACUGGAGGCAAGUCUAUCUAUGGACGCAAGUUUGAUGACGAGAACUUUGUGCUCAAACAUACUGCCCCAGGGCAGUUGUCCAUGGCCAACUCUGGGCCUAAUAGCAAUGGCUCUCAGUUCUUCGUCACUUUAGACAAAACAGAUUGGCUUGACGGCAAGCAUGUGGUGUUUGGCGAGUUGAUCGAGGGUAUGGAUGUGGUGCGCGCUAUUGAGGCGCAAGGAUCAAAAGAUGGCAAGACCAAACAGAAAAUCAUUAUCUCGGACUGUGGGGAGUAUGUGUAAUAGCUGUGUAUGAGUGUUUAUGUGACUUUAAUUGUAAUUGUUGGAUAUGUGAACAUCUGAAUUAAACGGUAGUUCUUUGUUAGUUUUCAACAUUGCUUCAACGUUUUGUAUAGGUAAAUCAGUGAUGUAAAUAUGCCAAUAAAUGCUUUUAUAAGUA